CACUCACUGCCUGUCAGCAUGUGCACUGGAAAGUGUGCCCGCUGUGUGGGGCUCUCCCUCAUCUCCCUCUCCCUGAUCUGCAUCUUGGCCAACGCCCUCCUGCUGGUGCCUAAUGGAGAGACCACCUGGACCAACAUGAAAAAUCUCAGCUUGCAAGUCUGGCUCAUGGCGGGCUUCAUCGGCGGGGGACUGAUGGCACUGUGUCCGGGAAUUGCAGCUGUUCGCGCUGGGGGCAAGGGCUGCUGCGGUGCUGGCUGCUGUGGAAAUCGCUGCAGGAUGCUGCGCUCCGUCUUCUCCUCGGCGUUCGGGGUGCUUGGUGCCAUUUACUGUCUCUCAGUAUCAGGAACCGGACUCCGAAUCGGACCCAAAUGCUUAAUGGACGGCGAAUGGAACUACCACUUCAAGGAUACCUCAGGUUCUUACUUGCUCAACCGUACCCAAUGGAGUUUGUGCGCUGAACCGCCUAAUGUGGUCACCUGGAAUGUGACGCUCUUCUCGGUGCUGGUGGCCGCCUCGUGCCUGGAGCUCCUGCUGUGUGGGAUGCAGGUGGUGAACGCGACCAUUGGUGUCUUCUGUGGCGACUGCAGGAAGAAGGACGCUGGUCACUGAGGCUCCGCAGACGGCCCUGCUCGCUGCUGGACGCCCACCUGGACCCCGCCCCCCGCCCCCGGAAUAAACUAUUUGAGC